AUGGCGGAUCAAGACGCAGAAACAAUUCAGACCAACUUCGAUCUCGGCAUCUGGUACGCCUUGGGCCUCUGGCCUGCCCUCACAAUCGCCGUCACCAGCAACUGGGGUGGCCCAGAAAGCUCAGACAAGCGCGACUGGUUCGCUGGCGCCUUGAGCGACCUCUUCACAGACCGUGCCGAUACCGAUCAGUUCGACGUCGAAGCCGUUCUGCUGCAGGUCAUGCAAGACGAGUUCGACCUGAACGUCGAGGACGAGAGCGAGAUCCCUGUUGCAGAAGAGAUCAUGAAGCUUAGGAAAGAGACCUUGGACGGCAACUUCGCUGGUAUCGAGGCUAUCAAGAGGAGGUUCGAAGAGCGCGGCGGAAGAGUCCCUCAGAACCUCCAGGUCGUUGAGCACAAGCAAGACGACGAUGAGAGCAGCGACGAAGAGAGCGACGACGACGAUAACGAUGUUGAGAUGGGUGAUGCUGCUCCCGCUCUCGUUUCUGCACCACGCGAAAGACAAGAGCCCGAGGUGGACGACGAUGGCUUCACCAAGGUUGUCAGCAAGAAGAAGAGAUGA